UUUUGUUUUUUAACAAUACGUCUUGAGGAAAGACACCUGGUUCUUCCCACCUAACUUGUUGGAUAUCCUUCUCUCCCUCUAAAUAAUCACUUUAAUACCUAAAGUCUGCCAAAACUGUAUAAGCGCUAGAGCCCGCACAACUCUGCUUAGCCCCUGGGGAACACUAACGGGUCUCUCCUCUCCUGCUCCAUACCCUUCUCUCGCUCCCCAGUGUUCUCAAGAGCCAAAUUGAGCGUUUGUCUAUAGAGAACUCCAUUUCCCAUCGCCCUCUUCGCUCGACACCUACAUUUCCCAUCAUGCACGACACCGCCUACUCCUUCGAUUGUUCCGGGCUCCGCCCUCCUUGCCCUGCAGGCCUGACUCUCGCCUAACGUCACCGGCCUCCAGUCUUCGCCUCUUACCCGCCAGCUUGUCUGGGCCUCUGUGAGGGGGCGUGGCGUCUGCGCGAUCGUGACGCCCAUUGGCUGUCGUGUGGCCGGUGAGGCGUGGCUACGGGAGCCGGGCGGGCACAUUUCGAACCGUGGCUGGGGCUGCGGUGGCGGCGGCGGCAGCGAAAAAUGCACCCGGCAGGCUUGGCGGCGGCGGGGACGCCCCGGCAGCGUAAGUGGCCCUCGAAGCGGAGGGUACCUGUGUCCCAGCCAGGCAUGGCUGACCCCCACCAGCUUUUUGAUGACACGAGUUCGGCCCAGAGCCGAGGCUAUGGGGCCCAGCGGGCGCCGGGCGGCCUGGGCUACCCUACAGCCUCCGCCUCGCCCCAGUCGGCCUUCCUGGGUGAUCCUGUGUCCAACAUGGCCAUGGCCUACGGGAGCAGCCUAGCCGCGCAGGGCAAGGAGCUGGUGGAUAAGAACGUGAGUGGGCCGGGCUGGUGGGUGUGGGGGCAGGUAGGGGCCUUGGGGCCAGGGCUUCAGGUUGGCGCUCUGCCUCCCCAGAUCGACCGCUUCAUCCCCGUCACCAAGCUCAAGUAUUACUUCGCUGUGGACACCAUGUAUGUGGGCAAAAAGCUGGGUCUGCUCUUCUUCCCCUACCUGCACCAGGACUGGGAGGUGCAGUACCAGCAGGACACACCAGUGGCCCCGCGCUUUGAUGUCAACGCUCCUGACCUCUACAUUCCAGCCAUGGCUUUCAUCACCUACGUCUUGGUGGCUGGCCUGGCGCUGGGGACCCAGGAUAGGUUCUCCCCAGACCUCCUGGGGCUGCAGGCGAGCUCGGCGUUGGCCUGGCUGACACUGGAGGUGCUGGCCAUCCUGCUCAGUCUCUACCUUGUCACUGUCAACACAGACCUCACCACUAUCGACCUGGUGGCCUUCUUGGGCUACAAAUAUGUUGGGAUGAUUGGUGGGGUCCUCAUGGGCCUGCUCUUUGGAAAGAUUGGCUACUACCUGGUGCUGGGCUGGUGCUGUGUGUCCAUCUUUGUGUUCAUGGUGAGCUGGGGCUCAGGGAAGGAUGGGACUCAGGGCACAGGCCUCCUGGGCAGAGUUGGGGGUCCCUGGAGGCAUCCAAGCAGGGGAUGUCAGGUGGGGAGUUUAGACCAGAGGCCCCACACUGGUGAACUGAGGAGCCCUGGAGUGGCUGCCCUAGCCUGAGGGUCCGGAGAGCUUCCUGGAAGAGGGGGUGUCCAAGCGGGGUCCUGAAGGAAGAGGAGGCGCCAGCCAGGCUGCUAGAGUGGGCUCUCACCCUCACUCCACUCGCCUUGCGUGAUGGGCCUCCUACCAGAAUUUCCUUUAGGAUGAAAAGAGUUCAGUAUCCUCAAAGUAGCUUC